AUGGACUCAUUGGACCAUCUCAUCCUCAAAGAGGCACCCCCUUUAGAUCCUGCCUGGCUCGCCUACGAAGAGGAAGUAUCUCUCCAGGCCCCGAAUAGAGCGCAUGCCUCACCACUCGAUCGCCAGCCCGUGUACGCGGAGGAAUGCAGGCAACUGAACGCCCGCAUGCUCACGCCCGGCGCGCCAUGCCACCAUCUCUCACACGUCUCCACGCAGCAAUUGACCACCGCGUCGAGCCUCGACGGCUUUGCCAUCCCGCUACUUCGGUUCUUCGACGACAGCGUUGAACCGGCGUCCAAAGACAAGGGCGUCGUGGUGAUCUAUUACCACGGCGGCGGGCUCUACGUCGGCGAGUCGGACAGCGAGGAGCUCUCCUGCAGGCGGAUCGUCAACGACUUUGCGGGCGCGAUGGUGUACUCGGUGGGGUACAGGCUCAUGCCGGGCUUCCCGGCCUCGACUUGCGUAUCCGACUCGCUAGACGCCUUCGCUCACGUCCGCGCCCUUCAUCCGUCGGCGAAGAAGCUCAUUCUCAUCGGCUCUUCGAGCGGCGGACAGCUCGCGGCCACUGUUUCGCAAGUCGCGCCGCGCGGCAGCUUCCACGGUGUCGUGCUCCGGUGCCCCGUGACCAGCGACGGCGGCAGCUCUCUGGACUUCGUCCCGGAACGUCUCCGGCACGCGUACACCUCCGCCUCGCCGUCCUUCGUCACGAGCCUGCUGGGCGUGUUCGGGCGGGCAGUGCCGAGGGACGGGCUGGGUAGGAUGCCGCUAGAGGCUGGGGCAGAGGAGCUGGGGGGGCUGCCGAGGACGUGGGUUCAGGUGUGCAGCAACGACACGCUGUACUCGGACGGGCUUUGUUACGCGAUGGCGCUGAGGGGGGCCGGGGCCGAGGUUCGGGUCGAGGUCGUGAGGGGGUGGCCGCAUACGUUUUGGCUGAAGGCGCCCGGGUUGGCGAGGGCGGUCGAGGCGGAGAGGGAGAUGGUGGAGGGCCUGAGGUGGGUUCUGGAAAGCUGA